AUGGCGUUCACGGCCUCUGAAAUCUUAGCCCUUUGCUCCACCAUCAUCCUCAUGGCGGUGUUGGUGGCAUCCUUCGCGCCGGCCGUAGCGAAUGAGGAAGGUGAUAUUCUGACGGCCUUUCGUCAAGGCCUGGAGGUACCCGAUGGUGCGCUUGAUACUUGGGAACCGAACUUGGUCAAUCCAUGCACUUGGACCCGUGUAACCUGUGACGACGACAGCAACCGGGUCGUCCGUCUAGAUCUUUCUGAUUUGAACCUGUCCGGUCGUCUGGCGCCCGAGCUGGGGAAACUGGAGCAGCUGCAAUAUAUGGAACUUGCCAGGAACAAUAUCCAGGGACCAAUCCCGUCGGAGUUCGGAGACCUGACGAACCUGAUCAGCCUGGACCUGUACAACAACAACAUUUCAGGGCCUAUACCCAAAACGCUUGGGAACCUGAAGUCCCUGAAAUUCUUGCGAAUUGAUCACAAUCGCUUAACCGGGCCGAUCCCGAGAGAACUGGCUGGGCUACCCGACCUGGUAGAUGUAGAUCUCUCGAGCAACGACCUUUGCGGCACGAUCCCGACAUCCGGAGCGUUCGAGAACAUUCCUCUCAGAAGCUUCGACAACAACCCAAGGCUGAAAGGUCCCGAGACGCAGGGACCGGGCGGGGACGACUCCAGCUGCUAGAUGGCGGCGUGGACGGAAUAACGGAGAAGCAGCUGGAGCAAUGGCGGCGCUGCGCUCGUGUCCAGGUCUCCAAGAACCGGGACGACCGAUGUAGAUUGUGUCAGGGGGAGGAAUGAGCAUGAGC